UCUGUGCUCAGGUCCUCAGCAGCAGCAUCACCACCACCAACAAGACAACUCCACCGUCUGCUCCAAGGCUGUUUUCAUAGAAAGGAUUAUUAUUUUUAUCUUUUUGGGCUAAAAAAAAAAGUCAAGCUAAAAAAAAAAACCGAAACAACCCUCUCUUCUGGUUUACUCCACAUUUUUAAAACCCCUCAAAGUAACAACGCUCACAACGUCCGUGGACAGAAAGUCUGAGAAAAUGUUCAACAACAGAGAUCGGUGGAGGGUGUACAAGAAGGUGAUUGUCAUGUUCUUCCUGGCUGUGGUGGCACUGACUGUUGUCCAGAGAGGGAGUAUCAACAUGGUGGUCCCAUUCGAACUCCAGAGACAGGCUCGCAUGGACAACUCUGUAGGAGUCGAGCCUGUCGCUGUAAUGGAAGACAAAACGUUCCUGGGGUUAAAAGGUUUUUGGAAGACCAAUAAACAACAACCACACCCGAAAGUAUUGCCGAGCAUACAUGAGGCCACAUUCACAGUGAACAGCAGUCCUAGAACCUGGGACAUAACCAGCUCCAACUGCAGUGCCAACCUCAACCUCUCCAGCCAGGACUGGUUCAAGGGCCUGGAGGACAAUUUUAAGCAGUUCUUGCUUUAUCGACACUGUCGUUUCUUCCCCAUGCUUUUCAACCACCCAGACAGGUGUAGUGGGGAGAUAUAUUUGCUCAUGGUAAUCAAAUCAGUGGCCACCCAACAUGACCGCAGGGAGGUCAUCCGAAAAACCUGGGGUAAAGAGCGGGUGGUGGAUGGCAAGAGGAUAAAGACCCUCUUCCUCCUUGGCACGUCGUCUAGUAAGGAAGAGAAAGCGAACCAUCAGAAGCUUGUGGAGUUUGAGAACUACAUCUAUGGGGAUAUCCUCCAAUGGGAUUUUUUGGAUAGCUUCUUCAACCUCACACUAAAAGAGACUCACUUCCUCAAAUGGUUCCACAUCUACUGUCCCAGUGUGCGCUACGUCUUCAAAGGGGACGAUGAUGUGUUUGUCAGCGUGGACAACAUCAUUGAAUACCUUGAAAACACCAACCCUAACAAGGACAUGUUUGUGGGGGAUGUGAUUUUCAAGGCUAAGCCUAUUCGCAAAAAAGAAAACAAGUACUACAUACCCCCAGCUUUAUAUAACAAGACACUAUACCCCCCAUAUGCAGGUGGAGGGGGUUUUCUGAUGGAUGGGAGCCUUGUGAAACGGCUUUACUGGGUUGCCGAGACCCUGGAGCUCUACCCCAUCGACGAUGUCUUUUUGGGCAUGUGUUUGGAGAUCCUUCAUAUCACUCCUAUAAAGCAUGAGGCCUUUAAGACGUUUGGCCUAGUGAAAAAUAAGACCAGUAAAUUGAACCGAGAACCUUGUUUCUUUAAGAGCAUGAUAGUGGUGCACAAGCUGCUUCCAUCAGAGCUCAUGCGCAUGUGGAAUCUGGUAAACAGUGACCUGGUUUGCACACAUAAGGUGGAGAUCCGAUAGUUGAUCAAGGACACCAGAUGAGGACUGAGCUACAUUUCUGUGGCCGUCAAGAGGAUGCACAGCACAGUGCAUGAUAGUCGAAGACAAUCUUCCGAGUAAAUGCACAUACACGUACAAUAUUUGAAUUCCUUUUUCUGGGGGUAACUUUCUCAAAAGUCAUAGAUGAUGUAGUCUGACCUAGAAGUUUGCAUCUCCAUUGGCAUAUUGAAAAAGAACUCACUGUCAGCAUGCAGACUCCGACAACUCUCCCUACCUCUAUGACUUGGUAAAAGAACUCUUAAAUGUUACGAUGGGUGACAUUUUCUUCUGAAAUAAAUCAUGAUAACAUUUCCUGAAUAUCAUAUCACCUUUUGUAACACAGUGGUCCUUGUUUGGACUGAGACUGACUCGAUCCGUACUUAUACCACUUUUACCAUAGGCUACUUCUGUGGAAACCCUUGAAACAAUUGUGUCAACUCGCUAACAUUUAUGUGCUGACUCUCUACGGAUUUGAACAUGCUGAUAUACUUGACAUGAAUUUGGUAGUUUUUGCAAAGACACACUGUGAACUAAACUGUUGCUGGUACGGUACGAGCAUAUGACGUGUUAAUUUAAUUGCUCCAGAUAAAAGGUGGCACAUGUGGGGGGUUCUUUGUGUUUAAUUUAAGCAUAUUAAUUGUUGAGGGCGUAGUGGGAUUUUAGGUGAUGUAAAUACAUGUAAAAAUCAAAAUGUACAUACACUGUCAUUUGUUAAUAAAAGAUUUUUUUGACAAAA